CAAACUCGCGAUGCUUGACGCUCUCAUGAAAUUCUACCUUAAUUCAUUUCUUCUUAUUCACGUUUUUCAUUUUUGACGACUCCGAUUUUUCAUUCGUUUGCCGAACCAGAGAGCGAGCGGACCGUAGCAAGUUUCUUAGAUUUCAGUCGGCUUUUUUACUGCAAAAUCAACAUGUCUGGACUACAACCUCAACAACCAGCCCCUGUUUUCAAGGGAACUGCCGUCGUUAACGGAGAAUUCAAGGAUAUUAGCUUGGAGGACUACAAAGGAAAAUAUGUAGUAUUUUUCUUCUACCCUCUGGAUUUUACUUUCGUCUGUCCAACUGAAAUCGUUGCUUUCUCAGACAGGAUUGAAGAAUUCAAGAAAAUUAACACCGUAGUUGUGGGAUGCUCGACCGACUCUCAUUUCUCCCACUUGGCCUGGAUUCAGACGCCCCGCAAAUCUGGCGGUCUUGGAGACAUGAAAAUUCCUCUGUUAGCCGACAAAAAUCUUUCCAUUGCUAAAGCCUAUGGUGUAUUGCACGAGGCCAGUGGUGUCGCAUUCCGCGGUUUAUUUAUCAUUGACGGAAAUGGAAUUAUUCGUCAAAUGACCAUAAACGAUCUGCCCGUCGGACGUUCGGUAGACGAGACCCUCCGUCUGGUUCAAGCUUUCCAAUUCACCGAUGAACACGGCGAAGUAUGCCCGGCCGGCUGGACUCCCGGCAAGAAAACCAUUAAGCCUUCAACAGAGGAAAGCAAAGAUUAUUUCAAAGAGCAGUAAAUCGGAGCACCAUUGCUCGCCGAAAUACAUAAACUUAAGUUUAAUUUAAAUAUUAAGGAUUAAUUCUUCAUAUCCGAAUCAUAAAGUAGCGAUUCAUAAAUCAUACUCUUGUAAAAGUUGAUUUUUGUUCAUUCGCAAAACUGAGGUUAAAUUUUUUUGUUCUUUGAAGUUUAUAUGUUCGAAACUAAACACAGUGUGAUAGAUGGUCCCCUAGUAGACAGGUUAGAAUUAAGAAUCAAAUGUUGUGUCCAUUAUUCUUUAUUUAAAAGUAAUUUUCUCAUUUAGAUUACAAUACUAUGUCAAGUUAGUUAUCACUGUUUUGUUUAUUUCCACUAAAAUGUAUGAAUAUUGUUGUUAAGUAAACUUUUGUGUUGGAAUAAACCAAAUAUUUAAAAGAAA